CUUAAUUUUUACCAGUAUUAUUUUAUAAAAUUGUAUUAGAUUUCAUUCUAGCUUAAUUUUCCUCGAUAUUAAAAAAUAUGACAUUUAUAACUAUUUUGACUAUUUUACUGUUGAAUUUCACUUUGGAAAAUUCUGCUUACAAUGAACGACGUUGCAAUUUUUCUAGAUACAUGUUGAAUUAUUUCAAACUCAAUGAGAAGUAUUUGUUACAUUUUUAUAAUAACUUAGAAAGAGUGACCGAAGAAGAUUUGAGAAAAUAUGAUAAAGCUGUUCAAUCUCAUAGUGAUAUUAUAUUAUUAAUGAUCCAAGAACUGUAUGUUAAUCAGAACAUCCACUUUCCAUCAGACUUGAUGGCGGUAAAUAUGUAUUUAAAUAACAUAUCUGGAUCAAUAAUUGUAAUUAAUAAAAAUGAAGCAGUCAAUGAUGAAGCAGUUAAAAAUAAUAAAGUUUUACUCAGUUUACAAGGUUUAAAAUUACUUAAUCAUUCUAUGAUAAUCGGUUUAGAUAGUUUUAUAAAGUACAACUGUAUUAAAGAACCAAUUUCGUUAUUUGUCCAGUAUCCUAUUGACUUGAUACCAACUCAUAUAUUAAAUAUUGACGAGUUAAGUAUAGCUACAAAACGCCUUAGGGAAAAAUUGAUGAAAGAAUUAGGUUUUGAAAAAAUAAAAAAUCUUGACGAAUUAUUAUUUUACCCAAGAAAUAUAUUAUUUUAUAAUUUAAUGACGAAAAAUUCAGAAAAAAAUCUAAAAAUGGAUACUAAAUCAAAACAGCGUCAAAAAUUGGAAGUUGGUAAUACAAAUGAUGUUUUAGAUCUCUUACGAUUCGCUCCGCUUAAUAUUAAGUGUGCUGACGAAUCUAAUUUAACUAUUUAUGAUUUAUAUCGUUACGCAGAGUAUCAAUUUUCAUUCAUUGAUAUAAAAGCAUUCCAAAAAAUAUUACUCGGAGCUACUUUUUAUCCUAUUGGAAUACUUAUAGCUGAUUACAUUCAACUUGCAAAAAUCGCUUCCCAGGAUUGUAAAAAAUUUAAAAAUGAUAAAGAAAAUUUAUCUAGUAUAGUUACUUUAGGAAAGAAUGUGGCUCUUCAUCUUCAAUCAUUUCGGAACUUGAAUAUCUACAAAGAAAAAGGAUAUAUUUUUCUUAAAAAAAUAUUUUACAGGUUACACGUGAUUAUAAAUUGGGUAAAAGGUUCGGAACUUGAAAACGAAGAUUUACCAGACUUAUUAUUAAAAGGAAUAGAAUCAUUCAUGAAAGAAAACAAAUUAAAGUUCCAAAUGAAAUCAGAGAUAUUUGUUUCUAAUAUAAAUGUAAUAGAUAUACGUGAUCAAAUAAUAGAAAAAGCUAAUAUAGUUGAAUCUUAUAUUCAGGAACUUAAAAAUUAUAAACAUUUAUUUCAAGCAGUUCAUGCUUUGCAGUAUUGCGAUAAAGUCACUUUAAAAAACUUCAAAUACUUUUUAUUGCCAAAUUUAACUGACAAUUUAUGUAAAGAUAAUUUACUUUAUGAGGAUGUAAACAAAAAUGAAAAUUUCAAUGAUUACAAUAACAGUAGUGAAUUUAAUAUUUACGACGUUGGGGAUAAUGAUGGUUUAGAAGAAUUCAAAAAUGAAAAUAUUGAACAUUUUAAAAACGCUGUUUUCAAACGAAAAAAGAUUAAUUAUUACAAAAGUUUGAUCCCAUUAAUUGAAAUGAACGAUUUCCCUAAACAUAUGGUGGAUUAUUUCAUUGUUUCAAAAUAGGGAAUUAUAUUUUUAUACUAAUAAAGAGACUAGUAUAUUACAUUUGGUUAUUUUAUACAUUUAAAUUAAUUUAGAACUUAAUCACGUAAAAUUUAAUAAUAUUAUAAGUUUAAAAUACCUUC